AUUAAACUUCUUGUCCGUUUCAGCUAAUCAAAUAUUUUGUCUGUUCCAGCUAACCAAACUUUUUACCCGUCUCUGAUACUCAUACCAUUUGACUGUUUCAGCCAAGCAACCCUUUUGUCUGUUUCAGCUAACGAAACUUUUUGACUGUUUCAGCUAAUGAAAAUUUUCAACUGUUCCAGGCUCAUCAAAUCUUUUGUAUUUCCAAUGAAACUUUUUUCUAACCAACAUUUGAAGCGAUUCUUGCUACGAUUUCUGGAAUUGUCAAUAAAGCCUUGAUAAAUCCUGCUAAAACCAAAUUGAGGUGUGUAAAAUUGCUCAUCGGUGAAAUAUCUCGCCUCAGACUAUGUUUUUUGCGGUCAAAUAUUUCCCCGAUCAUCAAUUUUUUGUGGCACAUGCUGAUUCGAGUUUACAGAACGUAUCAAGGGUCUGUUGACAAUUAUGAGGAUUGUAGCAGAAAUUGAUUUCGAUGUGGUUAACAAAAGUUACGUCAAAAUUACUUCAAUUCGUAUUUUCGAUCCAUCCCAAGUAUUCAAGUAUUUCCCACGUAACUUCUGUUACCAACAUUAGUUUAGGUAUUUUGAGUAAUUUUGUGUAAACAAUAAAAUUUUGCCGUGCAUUUUCUUCUCAAUCAUUCUUGCUGCAACACUAUUUGUUAAUAUAUUCUCGAAGCGAGAUGAAGCAGUGCUUUGAGAUAUAAAAAAAUAAUCUAAUUCAUUCUUAUUAUUCUAGAACCGUAAUACCUGCAAUGCUUUGAAAUGAAUCAAUUAUUGAUAUAUUUUCUACUAUUGUCUAUUGUUCAUUGUUCAGAAGAAAGGCCCUAGACACACCGCAAAAUUUUCAGUAUUCCUAUGUGGUAAUAAAGUAUGAAAAGGCAUCUUAAUCAUGCACGAUUGCACGAUUCUGGAAGAAUGAAAAUGAAGUAGAUUAUUUUUUGAACUCGAGAAACUGCUGUCGUUCUAUUCAAUUCCCUUCUCACUUCUUCAUUUUCUCAGUUUGUUCACACUUCCAAGUAACUAUCCCAGAUUUUUAAAUAGACAAAAACGUAACUGAGAACCACUGACUCGAUACGUAGUUUGGACUUGCGGCAUUUUGACGUUGCGUUGAUACCAUGGCGCUGCAGCGUCAAUUUGACGCUCGUGAAAAUCCAGCUUAAGCAAAAUUGUUGAUGAUGAAUUAAACCGCGUGCGUACUUUAGCGUAGCGUGUAAAGUUCCACGUGAGUUCAAAGCAAAGAUUAUUUAUAUUUCAAAGUGAUUGGUGGCAGUUACUUCACACGUUACAUAUUAAACUCCAUUAUUUAAAAAAAUGAAUGGAAGCAGCCUCAAAGAAUCGUAUGAGCUUGAAUCACAGUAUGGACCAUUUUUUACUGGAGGAAACAUUGAGUGGAGUUCAGAUGGACAGUAUUUUUUUUGCCAGAAUGGUGGGACGGUGCACGUUUUGUCGCUAGCUACUGGACAUGUUGAAAGUAUCUUAGGAGAAACUUCAACUGAUCAAGAUGAAGAUACAGUAAACAGUUUUGCACUCAAUCCCAGUGAGGAGGAUGUUAUCACACAUCAUAAAAGUGGACUCUUCAAAUUAUGGAAUUGGAAAGAGGUCAAACUCAAGAAAAUGUGGAAGGCAAUACAUAAUGGACCUGUCAGCAAAGUUGCUUUUUCUCGCAAUAGCCAAACAAUGGCAAGCGGUGGCAGCGAUAGUAGCGUUAGAUUAUGGGACCUAGUACACCAAGCUUGCACGCACAAUUUGAAGGGUGCUCAAGGAGUUGUGAGUGUUUUGGCUUUUCAUCCACGACCGGAUAAAGAGUUAAUAUUUGCUGCUGGUGAUGAUACAAAAAUAUAUGGAUGGAAUUCGAUAACUGGUCAACAAAAAAUUGUUCUCUCCGGACAUUUCAGCAAGAUCACCUCACUUUUGUUUCACGAUGAUGGGAUUCAUUUAGUCAGUUCUGGAAGAGACAAAGUACUUAUUCUGUGGGAUAUUUCCCAAGGAAGUAUAGUACGCACUGUGCCAGUUUACGAAGGUGUUGAGGGUUCCUUCUUAUUACCUACAAACAGUACAAAACUCAUAACUUCUUAUCAGUCUGAUGGGAUUUAUGUCGCAGCUGCAGGAGAAAAAGGAGUUGUCAAAGUAUGGGAAAUGAGGUCUGGAAAUAAGGUAUACGAGCAGGAAAAUUCUCUGGUUGCUUCAGCAAAAGAAGUUGGAGGACUGUCUAUUACCCAGCUGUUAUACAAUCACGUCACUAAUAGUUUUGCAGUGGUAUCCACAGAGCAUAACAUUAUUAUUCAUCAGUUAGACACCUUUGAAUGCAAGAAACAGCUAGUGGGAUACAGCGAUGAAAUCUUAGAUGUUGUAUAUUUUGGUACCAAAGAUACUCAUUUGGCGGUAGCGACAAACAGUCCUGAUAUAAAACUUUACGAAUUGACGACAAUGAACUGUCAACUCUUAUGUGGUCAUACAGAUUUUAUUUUAUCUCUUGCUACUACGACAGCCAACUUCAACCUAUUACUUUCAUCGGCAAAGGACAAUAGUGUUAGAUUGUGGCUUAUGGAUCCGGAAACAUUUCAAGUUUCUUGCGUUGCUCACGCAGUUAGACACACAGCGUCGGUGGGAUCAGUUUCCUUAUCUCACACAGCUGUGAAAUUCUUCACAUCAGUAAGUCAAGAUUUGUGUCUAAAGAUAUGGGAUUUGCCUGAGAAGAUUUCCUCCAACGAAACAGAAAACACGCUAACCGUUCGAUGCACGGAAUUGGCGCAUCAGAAAGACAUAAACGCUGUUGCAGUAUCACCGAACGAUAAACUCGUCGCUACUGGAUCCCAAGAUAAAACUGCCAAGUUAUGGACUGCGGAGAGCUUACAACUCGUGGGUGUUUUGCGCGGCCAUCGCAGGGGGGUUUGGUGUGUAAGAUUUUCACCAAUAGACCAAGUGCUGUUAACAACUUCGGCAGAUUGUAAUAUCAAAUUAUGGUCACUGACCGAUCUGUCUUGUUUAAAGACACUAGAGGGGCACGAAUCUUCCGUUUUGAGAGCAGAGUUCUUAUCUCGAGGAAUGCAGUUGGUUACGGCUGGAGCCGAUGGGCUCCUCAAACUGUGGAGCGUUAAAACAUCCGAAUGUGUUGCUACACUUGAACACCAUGAAAAUCGAGUUUGGGCACUUGCAGUAUGUCGAAACGAAACUCACAUUAUCAGUGGUGGAAGUGAUUCGAUACUGGGUAAAUGGCGAGAUAUUACCGAAGAGAAGAAAGCUGCAGCUGCUGCCGAGGCUGAACGCUUGGCGUUAGAAGAACAGAAACUUUCAAAUUUAUUAAAAGCUGAUCAGCUAUUAGCCGCUUUAAAGUUGGCUCUUAAACUGGAAAGACCUCUUCAAGUGUUGAAGAUUAUCGAUAGUGUUAUAAGAAAGGGUGGAGAUGGUCUGAGAGAAACGAUACAUCAGUUAAAGCAAACACAGAAAGAAUCAUUGCUCAGAUGUGCAGUGACAUGGAAUACCAAUAGUCGGAAUGCUCAAUCAGCUCAGCUGGUGAUAAACGUCCUAUUGGACGAGAUUAGUAGUGGGGAACUCAAGGUACCUGGAUUAGCCGCUUCAUUGGAAGCUAUGAUUCCCUACACCGAAAGACACUUCAAGAGGCUGACUCAGCUCAUGCAAGAUCUUCACUUUAUUUCUUACACCGUUACUUGUAUGCAGCCCCAUAACAAGAUAAGUCCAACUUGACUCUUGUAAAUACUUUUACCUUAAAGACAGACUUGCAGCGAAACUAUUAACAUUGACUGUAAUCGAGUAUCACUGCUACUAUUUGUACUGGGGAAAGAACGACAUUUGCAAAAAAAUAAAUAAUAUAAAUAAUUUAUAAUAAUUA